CACUGGGAGUUUGAUGAUGGCUCACCUCCGCCCGAUGAUAUUUUGAAGCAGUGGUUUGAUCUAUUGAGGUUGCGUUUUUAUGAAACUCCUUUGUCACUUGAGCCCAUGGAUGAACCUGCCAACCACAACAAUCCGACCCUCCAUCCUGGCCCUGUUGCUGUUCAUUGUCUAGCUGGCCUUGGAAGCCGACUUCAUGAGAACUGCCUACACUCCACGCUAGCUUCCUCACAUCCUCAUCGCUUCACUCUUGUGCUGGGAAUGCUGAUCACAGCCUGCCCUAUUGUUACGCAGUCCUCCUUCCCUAGGUCUUAUCAGAGUCUCCCUCUUGCUCCGUAG